AUGUUCUUUUCCAAUUAUCAAUCAAACCGUUAUGAAGAACCAUUUUUAAUCAACAAAAAUUCGGAAGACAAACAUUUUGAAAAUAUGCAGAAAAUAAAAUUAUAUUGGAAACUAUUUGUGAUACCUAUAUUUUUACUUGUUGCUUUUGGAAUUGCUUAUGUGAGCUACUUCAGGCACACGGAAACACCCCAUAUGCACGACUUUGAUCCUGGUAUCAGUGACAAACGAAAAGUCGCCAUUUAUGAGAACAUGAUAGAUGCUUUGAGAGAUGAAAACUAUGGUUCUUCUGUUGAUUAUCAAAAAAGAGCAGAAACCAAUCAUAUUCAGUGUGGGAGAGUAUUGAGUGGAGAUACAGAAUACAUCAACACUCUCGUGGGAGAAAACCGUAUACCACUCAUCGAGAAUCGCCGUUUGAACAUGUCUUGUCCGGCAAUUCAAGAUCGAAUUCAUUCCGAAACCCGAGAUUUUAAAUUAUUGGAUUCUGGCAUUGCAUUUGCGAGAGUGGUUUACACCGAUUACGAAUUCAUUGAAAAACAGUUGGAGAUGUCGUGGCAUCCACAGAACGUCUUCUGUUUCACUGUUGAUAAGAAGUCACCGGACGAAUUUAUUUCGAGAAUGCAGAAGUUGGACGAAUGUAUGGAAAACGUUGUAGUGCUUCCUGUUCUCGAGAACUACGAUAGUUCUGGUCACAAUAUGAACAUUGGACACAAACGAUGUAUGGAGGCGUUGUUACCCAAAACUGACUGGUCUUAUAUUCUACUUCUUCAAAACCACGAUGUCAUUAUAAAAUCUGUUUAUGAGAUCUCGAAAAUCUAUAGUCUCUUGGGAGGUGUUAAUGAUGUGCAUUUUGGAAAAGAAAUUGAUGGAAGAAGAGUACCAGGAUUGAAGUGGGAUCCUAGAAGUAUGAAUCUAUUCAUAAAUGAAUCCGGAAUCAACGAAAAAGUAUUGAAUGAGCCUAUGAGGGUAUACAGUGGUGCUGUGCAAGUAUCCCUGACAAGAGCAGCUGUGAAGUGGUUGAUUGAAGACGUGGAUGUAAGCAUUGCAAUUAAGCAAUUCAAUCAGACUAAGUAUGGCGGGGAUGAGCAAUUGAUUCCAAGUCUCUAUCUGAAUUAUGAAUAUGGGAUGCCAGGACAUUUCACAGAUCAGUGUUUAGAAUAUCAAGGCAUCGAUCAAAUCAUACGAUUUGUCCAAUGGGUCCGCGGAGGUAUCAACGACUGUCCUACGAAAAGUUUUCGACAUGGAGUUUGCCUAAUUGGGAUUGAACAGUUCCGAGCUUUAUCUAGAAUGCCUUUCAUCACAGUUAACAAAAUGGUUCCCUCAUUCGACUAUUCAAUUAUCGAGUGUACAUCAGAACUCCUCUAUAAUCGAACAUUCUUAGGUCAGAUGGACCAUGAAUUGGAUGAAAGUUUCUAUAAAGAAUUGUUACAUAUCCUGAGUACAAAUUGGAUUGUAGCUCAAAUCAAAACCCGUGGAAGUACGAAUACUAUCUGUGAUCUCAUAUUUAUAUUUUUCGGGUUGCUAGUAAAGUUGAUGCUGUCAUUGAAUAAAAUGUUUUCCUUCCUUUCAUGUUCCUCAUAUUUUCAAAAGAAGACUUCAGAAUCUGGAAUCUGUGACAAAGUUUUUACAAAAUACAGAUUUGACAAUAUACAAGCCGUUUCUAAACCAAUUUACAUUGACCGUUCUGUGCAAUCAAAUACAUACAUGACCACUGGCAAACAAAUAUGGGUUUACUUCUAUUUUAUCAGAGUUUUAUCGUUUAUUUCAAAUGUUUCAGGUCGACACAACAUCUUUCAAAAGUUAUUCCUUUACAGUUUUCGAAUGUGCUUUUAUCAACCAAACCGUUAUGAAGAAGUGCUUUUAAUCAACAAAAAUUCGGAUGAAGAAGAUAACGAAGAUGUAUGGAAUGGUGUUGAAAUAGAACCACGAAACCGAAAGAUGAAGAAAAUAAAGUUAUAUUGGAAACUAUUUGUGAUACCUAUAUUUUUACUUGUUGCUUUUGGAAUUGCUUAUGUGAGCUACUUCAGGCACACGGAAACACCCCAUAUGCACGACUUUGAUCCUGGUAUCAGUGACAAACGAAAAGUCGCCAUUUAUGAGAACAUGAUAGAUGCUUUGAGAGAUGAAAACUAUGGUUCUUCUGUUGAUUAUCAAAAAAGAGCAGAAACCAAUCAUAUUCAGUGUGGGAGAGUAUUGAGUGGAGAUACAGAAUACAUCAACACUCUCGUGGGAGAAAACCGUAUACCACUCAUCGAGAAUCGCCGUUUGAACAUGUCUUGUCCGGCAAUUCAAGAUCGAAUUCAUUCCAAAACCCAAGAUUUUAAAUUAUUGGAUUCUGGCAUUGCAUUUGCGAGAGUGGUUUACACCGAUUACGAAUUCAUUGAAAAACAGUUGGAGAUGUCGUGGCAUCCACAGAACGUCUUCUGUUUCACUGUUGAUAAGAAGUCACCGGACGAAUUUAUUUCGAGAAUGCAGAAGUUGGACGAAUGUAUGGAAAACGUUGUAGUGCUUCCUGGUAUAUGUGGAAUGUUGUCCCAAAUUCCAAACUUUAUAAUUUCCAGUUCUCGAGAACUACGAUAG